AUGGCAUCUUCAACAGUAGCAAAGUUACCUUGUGUCACAUGUGAAAAAGCAGCGGGCGUAUUCACAUGUCGUGGAUGUAUAAAAGAUUUUUGCACACGUCAUGCAACCGAACAUCGACAAAUGCUGAAUCAGCAAAUGGAAGAAGUCACUCUCUGUCACGAUCAAUUGAGACAAAGUUUUGAUGAACAAGCAAAAGAACCUCGUCAACAUCCUCUUAUGCAGAAAAUCGAUGAAUGGGAAAGAAAUUCGAUUGAGAAGAUUCGUCAGGUGGCCGACGAUGCUCGCAAACAACUACUGAAUGCAAUUGGUAAAUAUACGAACAAGAUGACCGAAGUCUUAGGAAAUCUUACACAAAAAUUAACCAAAGCUCGUGAUGAUGAUGAUUUCGUCGAGACAGAUUUAAAAGAUUGGACAGACAAACUAAAUAAAAUUAAGAAUGACUGGACUGCACCGCAAACGAUCAACAUUCAGCAAGAUGCGAAUGAGGUAUCAUUCAUUCGAAAGAUUACUAUAAAUGAUUGGUCAGAUGAUUGUCUGGAACAAUCAGCCGGUGAUAUUCGAAUUGAAGAAAAUGGACUUGUGAUCGUUCACGGCCCGUCACAAGGCCAUGCAGCGGUACGUGGUAGAUGCCAAUAUUCAUCUGGACAACACAGAUUUCGUUUCAAGAUUGAGACCUUAGGUGCCAGUAAAUGGGUAUUCUUUGGAAUUAAACCAAAAGAUGCGCCUAUGAUACCAGACUCAGCUAACACCAACACAGCUUAUGGCUGGGCCGGAGGAAAUGCUGUUUUACUCAAUGGUGCUGUCCAAUCUAAUUAUAAUGGAUAUACUAGUGAUAUGGAAAUGAAUGACAUAUUCGAAUUAAUUGUCGACUGUGAUGAAAAAAAAUUACGUUUAAUUAACGAAAGAACACGUAGCACAUAUGAACUCAAUGUUGACGUGACCAAAUGUUCUUUUCCAUGGCAACUCAAUAUUGGUCUUUAUUACUCAAACGAUCGUGUUCGUAUGAUUGAUCAAACAUUGCGUAAUUGA